CUGAGCCCAGGCUCCGGACCCUUCCCCACCGAGACCCACGCCGAUUUUAAGCGACCACGCCUCCCAGCACUCAGCCCAGUCCCUUCUUCUAGGGUUCCUCAGGACUUCUCUGGACCACAGUCCUCUGCCAGACCCCUGCCAGACCCCAGUCCACCAUGACCCAUCCAGGUCACAUCCUCUUCCUGCUUUUGCUCCCAGUGGCUGCAACUCAGACGACCCCAGGAGAGAGAUCAUCAGUCCCUGCCUUUUACCCUGGCACUUCAGGCUCCUGUUCCGGAUGUGGGUCCCUCUCUCUGCCGCUCCUGGCAGGGCUCGUGGCUGCUGAUGCGGUGGCAUCACUGCUCAUCGUGGGGGCGGUGUUCCUGUGCGCACGCCCACGCCGCAGCCCCGCCCAAGAAGACGGCAAAGUCUACAUCAACAUGCCAGGCAGGGGCUGACCGUCCUGCAACUUGGACCUUUGACUUCUGACCCUCUCAUCCUGGAUGGUGUGUGGUGGCACAGGAACCCCCGCCCCAACUUUUGGAUUGUAAUAAAACAGUUGAAACACC